UUUAGUCUGUUGCUAGCCACCGAGGGUAGAUGAGUGUUUUGUGACCCCUUAGCACCCUGUAGAGCAACCCGUCCAAUCAGCUGUUUUCGUCGUUCAUUAGAAUUUACGUUAGGGAAGGACAAUACCAACAUAACAGAGAAUUAUCUAAAGUUUAUCGAUUCUGAAUGAAAUUGCCACCUCAUUUUGUUGCCAAAUGAGUGUUUUUUGUAAAAUAAAUGUUAUACAAACAAUGACUCCUCUUAUUACACAAUUUUUAUAAAUAAAUCUUUUAAUGCGUUUUCGUUCAUUUUUGAACGAUUCAUUCAAACAAUUUAACAGAGAGAAAAUAACUAUUACAAAUAUUGUUAUAUCCCUGCUGUCCAAUAUUAUUUGUACCUACUUGCACAAAACAAAAUAUUCUCAUACAAUUAUUGUGUGAAAUGUAUAUGACCUAAAUUACAUCGACAUUCUCAUGAGUUAGGUUAUGUGAGUUAGCAAAGAGUGAGUUUCGCUGCAAUUAAAACAUAUAUCGACUAAGGUAUUAAACUCAAUAUUCUUUAUUCAGUUAUAAGAUACGAAAGAAAGUGUGUACUGAUGUUCUUGAUAGCAUUACAUAGUUGACAUACAAUAUUUAAGAAUCUCUCGGCCAUGCCUUUGCCUAGGCCUGACUCUCACCCCUUGGACAGGAUGUGUUCUAAGGACCACCAGGGCGACAAGAGAUCCUGUCUUCGCCGUUGGCUGACUGAUAACCUCUUCCUCUUGAUGACCUUCACCGGCGUCGUAAUCGGCCUCACUUCUGGACUCCUGUUGAGGCCAGUAGAUCUUCCUAAGGAUGUUGUAGUGUUGAUCUCAUACCCAGGCGAGCUCUUCAUGAGGAUGUUGAAGCUGAUGAUAUUGCCUUUUGUUAUCUCAUGUCUUAUCAUAGGUACUGCCACUAUUAACAUGAGAAAAAACAGUCGGAUUGCGAUGAGGACGAUUAUUUAUUUCAUAACGACGUCAACCCUAAAUGUGACUCUUGGCCUGAUCCUUGUUCUGACCAUCCAUCCAGGGAGUCCUCAGGUCCAUGUCAACACCACGGCAACUGUUGAUAAUGGCAACACUAAACUCUUGGACAGUUUUCUGGACAUGGGCAGAAAUCUAGUAACUGACAACAUAUUUCAAUCCGCCUUUGAACAGACAUACACGGAAUACUACAGUCCAGAAAAGGAGAAGGCAUUAAUCAAUGAUGCUGCUGUAGAGAAAAACUCCACCCAGAGUUCUAAAACUCCACAGGCUCGAAGACUUUCCUUCAGAAAUGGGACCAACACGCUUGGCAUCAUUUUCUUUUGCAUUACUUUUGGAUCUGUUCUCGGAUCCAUUGGACCCCAGAAGACCGUUGUUAUAGAAUUCUUCACAGUCAUCUACCAGGUGCUCCUCAAAAUGCUUAUGGGAGUAAUAUGGUUCACCCCAGUGGGAGUGGGUAGUAUAAUCUGCGGGAAAAUCAUAUCGGUGGAGAACCUCAGUCAUACCUUGACUCAACUCUCUUGGUUUAUCAUCACCAUGGCUGUUGGAGUAUUCAUCUAUCAGCUGAUCAUCUUGCAACUCAUCUACUAUGUGUUUGUACGAAAGAAUCCAUACAGCUACUAUGUGACCUUGGGGCCAGCCAUAGUGACCGCCUUCGCCACUGCCUCCAAAUCAGCAGCCCUCCCAGUGACCUUCCAGCUACUGGAUGAGAAAGUCAAGGCAGAUCCUCGAGUGACAAGAUUUAUCCUGCCUUUGGGUACCAUCAACAUGGAUGGCACUGCCUUGUUCCUUGCUGUCUCUGUCUGCUUUCUGGCACAGAUCAACAACAUUCCUCUCCACAUUGAAGAGAUCUUAAAUCUGUCAUGUACGGCAGCCUCUAUGUCCAGUGCCACCGUUCCCUCGGCUGCUCUGGUUCUCGUCCUCAUGUUGUGCUCUACGGUCAACGCACCCCCAGAUGAUGUCUCUCUUCUGUUUGCUGUUGACUGGUUUGUGGACAGGAUGCGGACAACCAACAAUCUGCUAGGAGAUUGUUAUGCUUGUGCGGUUAUUGAGAGUCUAUCUAAAAAAGAACUCAGUACAAACUUUGAAGACGAGGAAAGCUUGCAUUACUUUGGGAGCUCAUUCUCUUGUGCCGCAGUUCCUGCUGACUUCAGGGAACAGAGGAAGAAUCAGUUGAAGUCCCAGGAUUUGGUGGAAGCGUAGAACUCACUACGGUUCUGGAGUGAUACAACAUCUGUGAUGUACUAUAGGCCUAGCCUACCUCUAGGGUAGUUCAGUGGCGUAGCCAGGGGGGUAGGGUUUAUCCCCAUCGAAAGAUUACACGAAGAUCAGGAAUUCAUUUUUCUGAAAUUAAGUGACCUUAAACUGCUCUAUGAAGACAGGAAUCACAAUCAAGUAUUGAAUUUGAGUGCCUACUUUGGUGUAGAAAAUGGUAUGAUGUACAAGGCAAUGAUAAACUAAAACAAAUUAUGGCCAUCUUGGACAGUUGCAUCAACUAUUCUACCUCCCCUAACAUAAACUACGUGUUACGAGUUCUCGCACCCUUGCCAGUAUCUACAGCUGAAGUUGAGAGAUUAUUUUGAUCACUGAAGAAGAUAAAAACAUAUCUUAGAAAUUCCAUGGAAAUGAUCAACUUGCGGACUUUGCUCUCCUAUCAGUGCAUUACCCAGUUUCCAUAACAGCAGAUGAUGUACUUGACGAGAUGGCAAAAUCAGGCGUGAGAAGAAUUUGCAAGAUGAACUCAGAAUCUUACUUUCAAAUGUUUGAACCAAAUUUCCGUUCUAAUUUGAAUAAAGUGUUCUUUUUUAAAUGUUUGUUUAUUCAGUAGGCCUGUUAAUUUGGAAUUAAUAAAGGGUUUCAUACAAUAAAUUGUUGCCUAAAAUAAAAGUAGUGUUUAGCCAUUAUGUUUUCCAACUUUCUGAGGGAUCACGCUCUGACCCUCUUUUUUUGGUAGUUAUAACAACUCCUAAUCUUGCUAUGGCCCUACCACGAAAUAAUUCCUUGGCUACGCCACUGGGAUAAUUUUCCAUCGAUAUUUAGAAUAGUUCCAACAUUUUGUAUUGAUCAUAAGGUUGAAGUAUUAAAACUUCAUUUUUAUAAGGAAUUACACCAAUCUAAGUUUUUAAA